CUUCUUUUUCUUCGUAGCGGCGCACACCCACGGCUCUGUAGUUUCUAUCUCCUCCUUUUGUUCUCUACGUCCAUCGAAAGGUUUGGUUUCUCAGAAAGAAUGUCUCAUAGAAAGUUUGAGCAUCCAAGACAUGGAUCACUGGGUUUCCUUCCAAGGAAAAGGGCUUCCAGACACCGUGGAAAAGUGAAGGCCUUCCCCAAGGAUGAUGCUGCUAAGCCUUGCAGAUUCACUGCUUUCUUGGGAUACAAAGCUGGAAUGACUCAUAUUGUUAGAGAAGUUGAAAAGCCUGGAUCAAAGCUUCACAAGAAGGAAACAUGUGAAGCUGUCACUGUGAUUGAGACACCGCCAAUGGUGGUGGUCGGUGUUGUAGGGUACGUGAAAACGCCUCGUGGAUUGCGCACUCUGGGCACAGUGUGGGCACAGCACUUGAGCGAAGAGGUGAGAAGGAGGUUUUACAAGAACUGGUGCAAGUCGAAGAAGAAGGCUUUCACCAAGUAUUCAAAGAAAUACGAAAGUGAUGAUGGUAAAAAAGACAUUCAAGCUCAGUUGGAUAAGUUGAAAAAGUACUGCAGCGUCAUCCGAGUUCUUGCUCACACUCAGAUCCGAAAAAUGAAAGGGCUGAAGCAGAAGAAGGCACACUUGAUGGAGAUACAGAUCAAUGGUGGUGAUGUAGCCAAGAAGGUUGACUAUGCCUACAGUUUCUUCGAGAAACAGAUUCCUAUCGAUGCCAUCUUCCAAAAGGAUGAGAUGAUCGACAUAAUCGGAGUGACAAAAGGUAAAGGUUAUGAAGGUGUUGUCACAAGAUGGGGUGUGACCCGUCUUCCGAGGAAGACCCAUCGUGGUCUUCGUAAGGUGGCUUGUAUUGGAGCAUGGCAUCCGGCUAGGGUUUCCUUCACUGUUGCCAGAGCCGGGCAGAACGGGUACCACCACCGAACAGAGAUGAACAAGAAAGUUUAUCGGAUUGGGAAAUCUGGUCAAGAAUCUCACUUAGCCAUGACCGAAUUUGACAGGACCGAGAAGGAUAUCACACCGAUGGGAGGGUUCCCUCACUAUGGGAUAGUGAAGGAAGAUUACGUGCUGGUCAAGGGAUGUUGCGUGGGGCCGAAGAAAAGGGUUGUGACUUUAAGACAGACGUUGAUUCAACAGACAUCGAGGGUUGCAUUGGAAGAGAUCAAACUCAAGUUCAUAGACACAUCUUCCAAGUUCGGACAUGGUCGGUUCCAGACAACCCAAGAGAAGGCCAAGUUCUUCGGCCGAGUUAAAGCUUGAUUUGAUCCAGUAGAUCUAUUAUCCUUCAAUCUUUUUUAUUUUUUAGAACCUCCACAGUUGAGCUGUUUAUGUUCCUUCUCUUUACGAUACCCUUGGCAUUCCAUGUCGUGUCAUUCAAUAACGUUAUGGUUUUAAUCGAAUUAAGAUGAGAUAAUAUCAAUAAAAGUUAUGGUUUUGUA